AUGAGACCACAGAGGCAGGAGCUACGGCAGGUCAUGAAGAACAACAAACACCUUCAGAGCACAGGUGAGAAGAGAUAUGUAUCAUUUGUCGGAUAUCCGCUAAGUCGAUCGCGAAGCAAUUCGGGAUCUUCGGGAUCCGGAGAUGAUGAGAAGAAGAACGGAGAUGUGGAUGAAGGUGAUGAAGAUUCAGCUGAUGAUCAUCAUUCGGUGGAGAAUGGCGAUGAGGUCGGAGAACGCAAUGGACGUAAUGGCAAGCAUGUAGAGGCAAACGGAAACGUGAGUUAA